AUGCUUAGAAUAUUUGAUAAAAUUUUUAGUGUUCUGCCGUUUAUAAUCCUAUUUUUUCACUUAAUUAAAACUUUUUAUAAUAGAGAUAUACUUUACAUAUUACCUCAUAUUAUCUAUACUUAUACAGUAUCGUUUCUUUUUAAAGUUUUAUUUAAGAAAAAUAGAAGAUCAAAAACUUAUGAAUUUAAAGAAUGGAAAAUUCCAAAAUUAUUUAAACAACUAAAAGUACAUUAUGGGUUUCCAUCGAGUCACACGAUGUUCUUUUUAAAGUAUUACUUGCUUAAUCCUAAUUUAAUUAACUUUGUAAUUUUAACGCUUGGAUGUUUUUCAAGAGUCUAUUAUCAGCAUCAUACAAAAAGAGAAAUUGUUUAUAGUAUUUUGUUUGUAUUGAUACUAGAUUGGAUAAUUUUAAACGUUAUUGAUUUUAUUUUUUAG